AUGUCACUGACCAAUGCCUCUCCCGAGGAUGCCGCUCGCGCUGCCAAAACCUCGUCCAGAAGAUUAGCCACUCUCUCCACCAACGCAAGAAAUCACGCCCUCGACGCCAUUCACGAUGCGUUACUCUCCGCGAAAGACGCUAUCCUGGCCGCCAACGCCAAAGAUCUGGCCCUCGCAAAGCAAUCCGCCGCCAACGGCGAUCUAAGUCCAGCCAUCCUCAAACGACUGGAUCUAGGACGAAAGGGCAAAUUCGAGGACAUGCUGCAGGGCAUCCGCGACGUCAGAAGCCUCGAAGAUCCCGUAGGCCGAAUCGACCUUCGCACAGAGCUGGACUCCGGCCUCAUUCUGCACCGCCAAACCUGUCCGAUCGGCGUGCUGCUCAUCAUCUUCGAGGCCCGCCCGGAAGUCAUUGCCAACAUCGCCUCCCUCGCCAUCAAGUCCGCCAACGCCGCCAUCCUCAAGGGCGGCAAGGAGUCGCUGGAAUCCUUCAAAGCCAUCUCCUCCGUCAUCUCCUCUGCUCUCGCCCCAACGGACGUCCCGAAUGACUCCAUCCAGCUCGUCACAACCCGCGACGCCGUCGAGCCGCUGCUGGCCAUGAGCCAGUACGUCGACCUCGUCAUCCCCCGCGGCUCCAACCAGCUCGUGCGCUACUGCCAGGAGAAAGCGCACAUGCCCGUCCUCGGGCACGCCGACGGCCUUUGCAACAUGUACAUCCACUCCGACGCCGACGCGCAAAUGGCCGUGAGCGUCGUCGUCGACUCCAAAUGCGACUACCCCGCCGCAUGCAACGCCCUAGAAGCGCUCCUCGUGCACGAAGACCAGCUAGAAACACUGCUCCCCGCCGUCGCCACCGCCCUGAUAGUCCAAGGCGUCACCCUCCGCUGCGACCCCCCGUCCCUCGCAGCCCUCACCCGCCACCUCCCCAAAGACCUCUCCCUCCUCGUCCAACCAGCCACAGACGCCGACUUCUCCACCGAAUUCCUCGACCUCAUCCUCGCCAUCAAAACCAUCGCCGCCACCCCCUCCGACCCCCCCGCCUGCAUCGACGCCGCAAUAGAGCACAUCAACACCCACGGCUCCCACCACACCGACGCCAUCCUGACGGCAUCGAAGGCCGUCGCCGACCACUUUAGCAACGGCAUCGACUCCGCGUGCAAAUUCUGGAACUGCAGCACGCGCUUCUGCGAUGGGAUGCGCUUCGGCUUUGGGACGGAGGUGGGCAUUUCCACCAACAAGGUGCAUGCGCGCGGGCCCGUGGGGUUGGAGGGGCUGAUGAUUCAUGAGUACCGGCUGGCGGGUAAUGGGCAGGGGGUGGCGAUGUACGGCUCUGGCGGUGGAAAGCGGUAUACGCAUCGCCGACUGCCGUUGACGGCGGAAGCGGUGCAGCAGAACGGGCAUGUAGCGUGA